AGAGAGCUCUAGCCUGAGCUCUGGUAAACAGGACUGAAGUACUGACUGGUUAAGGCAAUGUUUUCUCAUUGCAUUUACAGGCUGAAGCUUCAGAGAUCACCUGCCAAACACAGGCUGAACCUGACAGCAUGUCACACCAGGAUGUUGCUAUGAGGACAGAUUCAUCAAAAAUGACUGAUGUGGAGUCUGGGGUCGCCAAUUUUGCAUCUUCAGCAAGGGCAGGCCGCCGGAAUGCCUUACCAGACAUCCAGAGUUCAGCUGCCACAGACGGAACCUCAGAUUUACCCCUCAAACUGGAGGCUCUCUCCGUGAAGGAAGAUGCAAAAGAGAAAGAUGAAGAAACAACACAAGACCAAUUGGAAAAGCCUCAAAAUGAAGAAAAAUGAAGGCUCAUAAUCUGUCAAGAGUGCUGAAUUUCCGCAUGUUGAAAGACUAAGUGGUUCUGUUUUCCUGAGACAUUUAAUCUGGUGGUAACUGUGGUAACAUUGCAGCCCUAAGCAGCAUGUGUAUAUUAGAUAAUUGUGUUGUGAUGCUACUCACUUUGAUUGCAAUGAUGAUGUCCAAUCUAAGCUAUUAAAAGGCAGGUCACUUCCAAAUCGCACCAAAGGAAAAGGUUAAAAAUAAUACAUGAUCACAGAAAUGCAUACCAUUGUCUGUAAGCCCAACAAAAUUCACUAUUCUCUUUUGGAUUUACUUAGCCUGAUGUAUUUUUAAUUCAGUUUUUAUGGUGAUAAGCAAAUCAUUUCUUGGUAAAUGUAAAUCAAACACCAUUGAUUUAAAACUUCAUGGAAUUUGUAGAAAAUUAUGGAC